AUGGCUAAAUUCAAGACGUUGUUGACGGCUACGUUCCUGGCCACUGGAGGUUUCCUUUUCGGUUAUGACAGCGGUAUCAUCACAUCUACUAUUGGCCAAACCGAAUUCAUUAAAUACUUCUCUGAUCCUAGCGACACCGUAACCGGCGGUAUUGUCUCUGCAUUCCAGGGCGGUGCCAUCCUGGGCACAAUCAUCAACAUCUUCACCGGUGACCGUCUGGGCAGAAAGUGGUCCGUAUUUACUGGCGCUUCUAUAUCGUGCUUUGGGUGUGCGUUGCAGGCUGGUGCGGUCAAUCUGGCGAUGCUCAUUGUUGGCCGCUUUAUUGCCGGUGUUGCGGUCGGCAUGCUUACUUCUGUUAUCCCUAUGUAUGCUGGUGAGAUCGCCGAGGCUUCUUCGCGUGGUAUGAUGUCCGGUCUUCUGCAGUGGAUGUUAAGUUGGGGAUAUCUUGUCGCCCAGUGGCUGGGGUACGGAUGUUCUUUCAAUGCGACUUCCUUCCAGUGGCGCUUUCCUCUUGCUUUCCAGUGCGUCCCCGGCUUGGCCCUAGUUAGCGGAAUCUUGUUCUUGAAUGAGUCACCGCGAUGGUUGAUGGAGAAAGAUCGCCACGAAGAAGCCCUCGCUUCACUCCAAAACCUACAUGGUGACGGUACACCAGAGACAGCGGAGUACAUUGAGCUGGAGUUCCAAGAAAUCCGCGACACCAUUCAGGCUGAGCGUAUGCAGACAAAGGUCUCUUUGACUACAAUCCUGCGGAAGCCCUCUUGGCGGCGCCGUCUCAUCCUCGGCUGUGGCGUGCAAGCCUUCGGUGUCUUGUCCGGUAUCAACGUCAUCAACUACUACGGGACUCGUAUAUACGCAACGCUAGGAUUUGACACACAAAUGUCUUUGAUGAUCAUCGGAAUCUCUGGUGCCCUUUCCAUUGUCUACUGCACUGGAGGUCUAUGGGCACUGGAGCGCGUGGGCCGUAUCAAGCCUCUCAUCUUCUCUGCUGUGGGGAUGGCUGGUGCACUAGUCUGCAAUGCUGCCAUGUCCCAGCACUGGGAUGAGGGAAAUCAGAACCAACUCCGGGCUAUGGUGGCUAUGAACUUUGUGUUCUCUUUCUUCUACACCUUCGUUGGCAUUAUUUCUUGGGUCUACCCUGCCGAGAUUUUCCCCGUCGAUAUCCGUAACCAGGGUAAUUCGAUCACCACCUUCACUAACUGGACUAUCAACCUUGUCCUCGCCCAGAUCUCGCCGAGUGCCUUGUCCGGAAUUGGCUUCCGUUACUUCUAUGUCUUCUUUGUCUUCAACGUGAUUGCUAUGUUGUCAUACAUUUUCUUCUUCCCUGAGACACAAGGCAAGACACUGGAGCAAAUGGAUUCCUUAUUUGGUGAUGAGGCUCCCCUAGGUGUUGAGGAUGAGAAAAAGACAACUGAUGUGGUCAUGGUGGAGGAUACGAGCAAGUGA